AUGGACCCCUUCUCCUCCGACGGCGAGCUUGUCCACAUCCACACCGCCUUCACGCAAUCCCAACACUCCACCGUGCUCUCCGACUUCGACCCUUCCUCUUUCUCCGCCAGCAACAGACUCCCCGUCCAGGUCCUCCAAUAUCGCGCCCAAUGCGCCCUCGGACAGAACGACGAUGUGAUCAGCAGCAUCAGCGAUGCAGACGCGAAGAGUACUCCUGAUUUGGCGGCGGUGAGGGUAUACGCAAGCUAUCUGCAAUCUGUCGCGCAGGGGAGCGGUGGGGAGGAUGCGGUUGCUGAGGCGGAGAGGUCCGAUCUGGCAGUCAAGGAGGCGAAGUCUGCCAGGUCAUUCGCGCAGGAUGCUCUUCUGGUCAACUUGGCGGAGUCCUGGAUCGGCAUGCGCAAGGGUGGAGAGGAGUAUCAAAAAGCGUUCUACGUCUUCGAAGAGCUGGCACAGUCACCGAGCAGUGCUAGCGCGGCGAGCUUGGUCAGCCAGGCGGUCAGCGAGCUGCAUAUGGGACGGGUGGAGGAGGCGGAGACCGCUUUGAAUUCUGCCUUGGGCAUGGAGCCGGACAACACCGCGGCGUUGGCGAACAAGCUGGUGCUGGACACAAUUUUAGGACGGGACGCUGGCGAGGCGCGAAAGAAGUUGGAAAGCACUGAUGCGCAGAACGAGAUGCUGGAAGACUUCAAGGCGAAGAGGGAGGCUUUCCGGACGGCAAUGGGGAAAUACUCGCCCAAGUUUGAGCCUUGA